GGUGCCGGGGUCGUGCCACACACUCGCUCGGGUCGCUGCCACGAGUCCCCUCACCUGGCACGUGCGACGCCACACCUUGCUCCCCUCUCGCCCUCGCCCAGCCCAUGAAGGCGACAGUGAUGGCGGGGCCUCGCACCGUCGCGCCUGUUGAUGCCCGUGCCAGACAGGCCCCGUUCGGGUGAGGCGACGCUCGUUCGGCCCUUGACUCCGAGCGCCGGAGGACGUGGAUGACGAGUUGACCGGAAAGGAGGAAUGUGCUUUUAACCUGAUCCACAUACAUUGGGAAAGUGCAAGGAAAUAUACAUUCGCCCUCUGUUACCUCCACUGAAAGAUCAUUCAUACAAUACAUUAUAAAUACAAUAUACACGACUGCUAGUGUGAUUUAGUGACAUCGGCCACAUCGUAGGGACACACGAUACGCACAACACACUCUGUGAUCGUACAUUAGGAAGUGACGAUGCCGUUUUGUGCUCGACAGUGUUUUCUGCGUAGUUAACAGGUGGGAAUCUCGAGCUCGCGUGCCCCGCCGUUCGCCAUGGCGGCCAGGAACUUCACCUCCGUGGCCGAGAUCCUCGCGCUGGGACUGAGUCGGCCCGGGAUGGCGCCGUCGGCCUCCUCCUGGCCCAGUGCCUCAGGGGGCGAAGGAUGGGCCAGUAAUUCCUCACACUCCUCAAGACUAGAGGACUACAGGAGAGUCCCGGAAGGAGGCGCAGACGCGUGGCCUUGGGGGACUGCAGGAGCGAGGAAUGCGGGGAGUGACACGGAAGUGCAGCGGGACAACGUUAGUGAUGCGUUAUACUCGGUUUACAAUGCGAUGAGUAGUGGUUACAUUAGCAGUGAAAACGACAGUGAAGUGAGAUUAGAUAGUCAGGAAUAUCACCGCCUUGAAAACCAGUCAGUAGGUGCUUUUAGUGUUGGAUCUAGAAAUGGUGCGUUUGAAAAUGCUCGUGUUGGUUUAGUAGGUAAUGGAGAUGCUGAGUCCGCGGCCGGUUCCGCCGAGGUGUCCGUGGGUGAGGGCGGCGCGACCAGCAGCUUCAUGGGUGCUUUGUUAGGGUUCUCGCGCCGCGCCGCAGACGACGAGGGCUCUCUACCGUCCAGAAAUUCAUCCUCGAUCUUUAGAGACGUCUUCAACCUCACCCUCGACGGUGGCAACGAGACCUUCGGUGCCCUGGAGAGCGGGGACUUCCAGGGGCUGCUGGGCCUGCAGGGCGCCCCUUACUUCUCCGCGUACACGCACAACGGCAGCCACCACGGCGGCAACAGUACGAGCGAGGCGGAGACGCUCUUCGCGAACUACCCGCCGCUGCUGCUGGACCUCGCCGUCUUCUUCUGCGUCCUAUUCAUCGUGCUGGGCGUCCCCGGCAAUCUCAUCACCAUCGUCGCGCUCGUCAAGUGUAAAAAGGUAGGUAGGCAAAAGCCCCUUGUUGCUACCAUGGAGCUUAUACAACAUCCCCCGAAGGCCUUGCGAUAUUAUGAAGAAGAAGAACGGAAAAAUGUAAAGGAUUCUGGAAAGAAAUUAAUAAAAACAGAAGGAAAGACUUUUGGGCUUUUGGUUAAUGGAAAUAAAGAUAAAUAUUAA